GUUAAGAGAAAUCUGUUACUUGUCAUUUUUGUAACCACAUUCUUUCAUUUCACUUAGUUUCUGUGCCCAGUCAUCAACUGUGUAGUAGUUUUAAAUCAAGUGAAUUUGUGUUCUUGUGAAUUAAAUCUUCAAGAAAAAUGUCGAAAGCACAAAAUAAAGGUUUUACAAAAGAGGAAGAACUUCUCCUUCAAGAUUUCAGCCGUAAUGUAUCAACAAAAUCAUCAGCCCUGUUCUAUGGAAAUGCCCUGAUUGUGUCUGCAGUUCCAAUAUGGUUAUUCUGGAGAAUACACAUGAUUGAUAUUUAUUCCUCCUUGAUCUUGUUCGCAGUCAUCACAGCUAUUUCUACCUAUUUAUUGGCUAUGGCAUACAGAAACACAAAAUUCACCCUAAAACAUAAGAUUGCUGUAAAGAGAGAAGAAGCUGUUACCAGAGACUUGAGCAAAAAACUAGCAGAAGACAAGAAAAUGAGCAAGAAAGAAAAAGACGAGAGAAUUCUAUGGAAGAAGAAUGAAGUUGCUGACUUCGAAGCUACUACUUUCUCCAUAUUCUACAACAAUGCCCUAUUUUUAGCCAUUGUUAUUCUUGCUAGCUUCUAUUUGCUUCCAGCAUUCACACCAGCAGUCAACUACACCCUUUCCAUUGGCUCCACAUCUGCGUUAUUAGCCUUAUUGUCAACUGGAUCACAUUAAGACUUGUUUAUUGAAUCUGUGGUAUUGUUUUAUAGUACCAUUUUGUUCAAGUGUAAAUAAGAGGAUGAAAUUAACAUCAACAAUAUCUAAAUAUCCUGUAAGGUUUGAGUAGAGCUGUUGAAAAUAUAUGUAUAUAUUGUUUACUUUUUGGAAAACAUAUGGUUUAAUUGACAUCUUUUCUUUAAAUCAUGUAUAUUAUCAAAACGUAAAGAAUUUUAAAGACUAUUUAUUAUGAUUUUCUGUAUAAACUAGACAUUAGGUUAUAUAAAACAAGUGACUAUUUCAUACUUUUCAUUACACCGUUAAUUGAGCUCUAUAUUCAUAUAAUUUAUACUGUUUCAAUAAAAAAACCAUUUUUUAAUAA